AUGGCGACCGCCGGCGAUAUUAGAGAGAUCAUGGAUAUACCCCAAGAGGGUCCUCCCAAGCCCCCGCCCAAGAAAGUCCGAGUCGACCCAGGUCCCAGACUGACAGGCUUCCAGCGAGAAGUGCAGUCUCUCAUGAGCGAUAGCCAUAAUGUUCCACCUAUUCCUAUUGUGGACAACUCAAGAUAUAAGGCCAAACCCACCUAUGCCCCUCGAGCGUUUAAGACAAGAAAAUGGGAAGAGCGGCGGUUCGUUAAUGGCGCGAGGACUGACGGCCUUGAGCUCCGACACUGGAAACAUGCUAUUUCUGUUGGAGCUGGCAAGAGAUUGCUAGAAGCCUCUGCGAAUGGAACGAAUGUGAUACCUGAUGGAGGUAGUCAGACUAUGGGACAACCUACUCCUGGCAAUGAGGAAAAUGUUGGUACUCAGCCAACUACGGCUAUUCGUUAUGAUGAUGAGUUUCCUAUGGAGAAGUUCAAUGUCAAGGUGAGCGUGCCGAGUUACACACCGGAGCAAUAUGAAGCACAUUUCAAAUCAGAAGAAUGGACGAAGGAGGAAACAGAUUAUUUGAUGGAUCUGUGUCGUAAUUUCGAUAUGCGAUGGAUAGUAGUGGCAGAUCGAUACGAGCCAAGCGAGAUCCCAGUGUCAGCGCAAAAGGCAGCUGCAAGGGAAUCGAAGAACUUGGGCGCCAGUCAGACAUAUGGAGAAGCAUCAGGCGACGCAAUGGCCAUUGACCAUAGUUCAGCACCAGCAGGCAAUUCUACCUCAGACAACAAAAAUCCAAGUACCACUGAAGAAACCAAGCCGUUUUACCCUCAACGCGCUCUUGAGUCGCUCAAGGCUCGUUACUACACCAUUGCCUCAAAAAUGCUUUCCAUCAACACACCACCCGACACGAUGACACCCUCCGAAUUCGGUCUCUGGGAAAAGAUGAAGAAUUUCGAUAGCCGCACUGAAGAAUUACGCAAGAACCUUGCCGAGAAACUCUUCCUGCGCACCAAAGAGGAGGCAGAUGAGGAGCGCUCUCUCCUCGAAGAGCUAGCACGCAUAACAAAGAACGAAGAGGAAUUCCUGAAGAUGAGAAAGGAUCUCUAUCAACGACUCGAGACGCCAGUGUUGAGCCGACGAGCCGAAGACCAGGGCACAGCUGCCCUCUAUCAAUCCAGCCAGGGGCUUGGCCAUCUAUUGUCAAACCUGCUAAACCGCGAGAAGCGCUUCAAGAGGCCGGGUAUGAUCGAUACGGGCCGUGCAAACUCGACACAAGACGGCAACGGCGAAGCAGAGCGCGGCACCGCGGGCACGGCCACAGACCGACCAAGGAAACAGACUUGGGAGAAGGGACAACAUCCGAACCAGUAUACUGCUCGUCGUAAUACCAUGGAUUCCGAGAGCGUAAACGGUGAUGCACCGAAGAAGACAGGCUCGAUGGCUCAGACGCCAAAUGUGCGGAAUCUAACGCCAGCGGAAGAGGCGAAGUAUGGUGUUGCGCACCCGCAGGAACGGAUUACCAGUGGUGUGCAGUUCCGGCAUGAGAAGGCGAGUAAGGUCGUGCUGUCGAAGAGUGCGGCUCAAAUGGCAAAGAUUCAGGCUGCGUUAGUGGAAUUAGGGAUUCCGGUCAGGCUCUUAAUGCCGACCGAGAGGGUUUGUAGAGAAUACGAGAGGCUGGUGGCCGAUAUUGUGCUGUUGCUCGAUGCGAGGAGGGGAGUUGAGAGGGUGAGCAGCGAAGUUAAGGUUUUGGAGGAGAGUAGGAGGAUGAGGUUGGGACUGCCGAAGGAGGAUCAGGACGGAGGAGACGGAGGCGACAAGAUGGAUGUCGACCAAGAUAGUAAGGCUCAACAUGGUGGCGAGGGAAAGCAGGAUUCCGUUCAAGAACAACAAAACGCCAAUUUCAAACCCGAUCCUGAAGCUGAAGCUGAAGCUGAAGACUCCGAUGGUAAUGCAGAUGUGGCGCCAGAAGGUGAUGAGGAUGUGGUCACGACACGUACGGAAGUGAAUCCAGAGAACGAAAAGAGUGGAGAAAACAUGGGUGCGGAGGAUAAUAGAGAUGACGACGAAGACGAUGAAGGCAGCAGUGAAGGAGAAGCAGCAGAAGCAGACGAGAAUGCAAGCGAAUCAGAAGCCGAAGCUGAGAACGAUGAUGGCGACGGCGAUGCAGAAGUCGAAGCCCAAGAAGAUGACAACGAGGAGGAAGAAGAAGAUGAUGAAGAAGAGGACGAGCGCGCUGCAACUCCGUCGCCCGAUAACGACGGGAAUGAGGCCGAAGAAGAGGACGAAGCCUCGGAAGCUGAGAGCGAUGCACCAGAGGCUGAUCAAGCGGUUGGCGAGGACGAAGCAGAAGAAGAACAGUCAGAGGCAAAGACCCAACAGCCACCUGCUGUGCCUGCACGACUACACAAACGAUCUGCCAGCGUGAUUUCGGAUGGUAGUCGAGCGGGAAGUAAUAGGAGUGGAGUGGGUCGCAAGAAGGGGAGGAGAUAG